CUCCACCAACUCUGGGUGAUCUCGGUCGCGGUCACAGUCCACACCAUCUGGACCCGGCGCAAUGCCGCCAAGUUUGACCGUCGUAGACUACCUCCGCCGCAGGUCUUGACCGAGACCACGUACGUCCUGUGGCUUGCCACGAUCCGGCGCCAACUGCGGCUCCUCGAAGACGACUCGGCCGAGCACCGCCACCUCCUCGGGGCCACCCAGCUGCUGCUCAGGCAGCGCGGCUAUCGUGCGCUGUCGGCCAAGCACCCGCUCGGCCUCCAGCUUCGACCGACACUUGCCUAG